UUCAGCGGGAUAAUCUAGGUAGCUCUAAAGGUAAUGUUGUAUUCUUUCUCUCCCUCAGCAUAUCUAACUUCACCCCUAAAGUGGGAGAGAAAGACACGCAGAGGGCGAUCCGACAAGCCUUCAACGUCUGGCAGACGGUCACCCCGCUCUCCUUCCAGGAGGUGCCGUACUCGGAGAUCAAGAACGACGGGAAGGAGGCGGACAUCAUGAUCUUCUUCGCCUCCGGUUUCCACGGCGACAGCUCUCCAUUUGACGGAGAGGGGGGUUUCCUCGCCCACGCCUACUUCCCCGGCGCAGGCAUCGGGGGGGACACACACUUCGACUCUGAUGAACCCUGGACGCUGGGCAACGCCAACCACGACG